GCGGUGGUCUACUGGCGGAUUUCCUCAUUUAUUUAUUUAACAUUAACGCUAUUGAAUCAAAAUGCCCACGAUCACAAGUUUUACGAUAAGUUACUAUGCGCUGAAUAAGGACAGAACGUUUUCUGAGGGGGACAUUUUAACCGGAUUAUUGACCCUGAAUUUAGAAAAAGAGAUCGGAAUUAGAAGUCUGUUUGUAAAAGUGAAAGGAGACGCUGAUGUGUACUGGACAGAAAGGAGCAGUACCAUCACCUCAUACUCUACACACAGGAGGCUCUUCAAGAUGAAGCAGUGUUUGAUCCCAGAGGAAACACAAGGCACUGUCCUUCCCCCAGGGAGCCAUGUCUUUAAAUUCAGCUUUAAAAUGCCUGAAAGAGGCAUGCCUUCGUCCUUCAAGAGGAAUCAUGGAAAGGUUGUCUACAAGCUUGAAGCCAAACUAUCCAGAGGUUGGAUGAUGGAUCGUAUGGUAGAAAAGGAGAUCACUUUUGUCUCCAAGGCAAUUCCCAACAUUCAUCGUCUGAUGUUGUCUCAUAUCAGUUCAACAGACAAACAUUUGGGGAUUUUCAGCAAAGGAUCUGUGCACAUGGAUGUAAUUGUUGAGAGGAGAGCUUAUGCCCCAGGUGAAACAAUGAAAAUUGUUGCAAAAAUCGACAAUUCCUCAGCCAAAGAAAUGACACCUAAAUUCAGUUUAAUCCAGGAUGUGGUCUAUCGUGCCAAUAAGCAUGCCAAAAAUGAAAGCGACAUUGUCUACAAAAAACAUGGUGACUGCAUUGACCCAAAAACACAAAUGGAAAUCACAUGUGCAAUAAAGAUUCCUCCUGAUCAGAUGACGACAAUCCAGAAUUGCGAUAUAAUAUCAGUACAGUAUCAUGUAAAGGUGUGUCUGGACGUCAGCUUUUCUUUUAAUCCAGAGAUCCAGUUCCCAGUGGUCAUUAUUCCUUUUGACUUAUCUCCUGACCAUAGUCCUAGAGGAGAUUCUGAUCCAGCAUUGGCUUCAGGAGCCCAAUACAACGUUGACUCCCCUCCUCUUGUUGCACAUUCAGGCAUUUUUGGAUACCCCACAGCCCAAGGUUUUGCAGCACCCCCACCAGGUUGCCCAGGUAACCCUACGUUGCUGGGUAUGUCGGGCAUUUACCCCACUCAAGCUUCAAACAUGACGCAGGACUAUAACAGUCACCAAUCAUUCAACACAUUUCGAACUGUGCCUGUAAACAGACCUGUCCCUUCUGCAUCAGUGAGAACCACGGACUCUGUAUCUCAGUCAGAUGAGGCUCCUCCAUCAUAUUCAGCUCUUUUUCCGUCUUGUGAUACUAACUUCUAAUGCAAAAUAAUGUUAUGUUUUCUAAUCAUAUAAUUGUAAUAAUCAUGAAAAAGGUAAGUGCUGGGGAAAAUCAUUAGCGCUGCAAGAAAUUCAGUUAAACAAGCAUUCUGUACAGUAUUGAUUCUUUGCAUGUAAAGCUUUGUAGUGUCAGAUUUUAUUUUCAUGUCAAACUCAAGCGUCCUUUAAUAGUGUGUGUGUGUGUGUGUGUG